ACCGCUUUCCACGUUCACUCUCUACUUUAUCUUCUUCUCCGGGUCCUUGGGUCCUUGCCAUCAAUCUCCGCGUAGCUUCCACAUUUUACCAACUCUGCCCUCCUCUUAUUCCACAAACCGCGUCUCUCAAGAGUAAUAUCCGUCAUUCCAUUAUUCUCUUGUCCUUCUUCUUCGCACCCUUUUGAGUACAAGUGAUGCAGAUUUAACUAGCUAGCUUUCGCUGAAAAUGGCUGAAAACGGCGAAGAGAAAUUACUGGCUGUGGCGCGGCACAUAGCGAAAACGCUGGGCCACAACAACAACAUGGCUGAUGAUAUUCUUCAAAUAUUCUCCAACUUCGAUGGAAGGUUCUCGAAGGAGAACCUGUCAGAGAAGGUUGCAGAUGCUGAUCCCAGGGCCUGCGCCGUACUGGAUCACUCCCUCAAGUCACUUGACCUCCGGAUCUCUCACUACGUCUCCUCCGACCGCCCUAUCUGGGCGGAUUCGGCCGACGCCGCUGCUUUCCUCGACGCCGUCGACGACCUCAUCGCCACUGUCUCCGAGUGGAACCACCUUGCCUCCGACAAGGCCGUCGCCGCGUGCCUCGUCCGCGCUGAGGACAUGCUCCAGCACGCCAUGUUCCGCCUCGAGGAUGAGUUCCGAUCCCUCAUGGAGCGCGGCGGCGAGUCGUUCGACCUAACUCGGCCGUACCGGAACGGCGAGUCAACGGAGAACUUACCGUUUGACUCGGAGGAAGAGGAUGAAGAAGUUGACGAAGAAGCCAGGAACGGAGGAGGAGAAGCGGAGGAAUUGAUUCCUGUGGCGUUGCCGGUCACCGACUACGACAUCGUGAUCGAUGCGCUUCCGUCGGGGACGAUCAACGACCUUCACGAGAUCGCAAAGCGCAUGGUUGCAGGAGGGUUCGGGAAGGAGUGCUCGCACGUGUACAGCAGUUGCCGAAGGGAGUUCUUGGAGGAAAGCCUGUCGAGAUUAGGGUUACAGAAGCUAAGCGUCGAGGACGUUCACAAGAUGCCAUGGCAGGAACUCGAAGACGAGAUUGAAAGAUGGAUUAAGGCUUCCAACGUCUCUCUAAAGAUACUGUUCCCUAGCGAGCGGCGACUCUGCGACCGCGUAUUCUUCGGGUUCUCUUCUGCUGCUGACUUCUCUUUCAUGGAGGUUUGCAGGGGAUCGACAAUUCAGUUGCUGAAUUUCGCCGAUGCCGUCGCUAUUGGGAGCCGUUCGCCGGAGCGAUUGUUCAAGAUCCUUGAUGUGUUCGAGACAUUGCGUGACUUAAUUCCUGAGUUUGAGUCUCUGUUUUGUGAUCAGUACAGUGUGUCGCUCAGGAACGAAGCAAUCACAAUUUGGAAGAGGUUGGGGGAAGCAAUCAGAGGAAUUUUCAUGGAGUUGGAGAAUCUGAUUCGCCGUGAUCCGGCAAAGUCGGCGGUUCCCGGUGGUGGACUUCAUCCAAUUACUCGCUACGUGAUGAACUACCUUCGUGCAGCUUGCCGGUCACGGCAGGCCCUGGAGCAAGUGUUUGAAGACUAUGGGUUUCCGUUGAGAGAAUACCCCAAGCUUGAUGAUAGAGUUCCGCCCUCUUCUUCUCUGUCAGUGCAAAUGGAUUGGAUAAUGGAGCUUUUGGAGAGCAAUUUGGAAGCAAAAUCCAAAAUCUACAAAGACCCUGCUUUGUGCUAUGUUUUCUUGAUGAAUAACGGCAGGUACAUAGUUCAGAAGACCAAAGAUAGUGAAUUGGGAACCCUUUUGGGUGAUGAUUGGAUCCGAAAACACACUGCAAAAGUUCGGCAAUACCAUGUGCACUAUCAAAGAAGCUCAUGGAAUAAGGUGCUGGGGUUUCUGAAGCCUGACAGCAAUGGAUCAGUGCCGCCUAAUGUCGCAGCUAAGUCUAUGAGAGAGAAGCUCAAGUCGUUUAACAUGCUGUUUGGGGAAAUAUGCAGGGUUCAGUCUUCAUGGUUUGUCUAUGAUGAACUGCUUAGGGAAGAUAUAAGAAUUUCCCUUGAGAAAAUUUUGUUGCCAGCUUAUGGAAACUUCAUUGGGAGGUUCCAGAGUAUUCCAGAACUUGGUAAGCAUGCUGAUAAGCAUAUUAAGUAUGGAACGGAGGACAUUGAAGCACGACUCAAUGAUUUGUUUCGGGGAAGCACUGGAUCAAGUGCUAGCCGAAAGUGAAGGUAAAGCUGCUAUUUUGUGUGUGUAUGUAUUUGUAGUGUAAUUAGAAAUUUAGAAUACAGAGUUUUGGUUAUCAAAACGUUUGUUGUAAGAGAUUUGGAGCCUUGUGCUAUAAAUACCUGUGUUGUACUAUAUGUAUUCUGAUAAAAUUUAUGGAAAAUCGAAAAGGAUUUUGAAGUUAAUAGCCAUUUUAGUGACGAAAUUAACAUUUUUGUUGUAACAUUGAGGUGUUUCUUUUGGUU